GGACUCGUUGUCGUUUACCCACCUAACUGAUCACUUCAACUGCUCUCCAAGGCAAAGAGAAGCACUCCUUGCGGACUCAGAAGCGCUCUCAAUCCCCACUGCCAAGCAAGCCCCCUGAGACUACGACGAUCUUCUACCUUCAACCCAUCGAGAAUGGCCGACUCUGCUGCUCAAGCUACCGCUCCAGCGUACGUCUACGACGUAAAAAUGACAUGUGGUGGCUGCAGCGGAGCCAUCAAUAGAGUCCUCACGAAGAACGUUGAGGCCCCCAACGCCUUCUCCGUCUCUCUUGAGACGCAAAAGGUCGUCGUCUGGGGACCUUCUCUCCCGGCAUUCGAUGACCUCACAGCGAAGAUUGCCAAGACGGGUAAAGAGAUCAGGGAGAAGGAGGAAGUCAAGGAUAACAAGCGAUUGGCAGAGUUGGUCUCGGUAUGAGCGCCGAGUCAGCAGCGCGAGGUGUGAGGUUUGUCCUGAGCCACUACAGCACGAAGAGAUCCGCUGGGAGUCCACACUUCUCAGAGAGCGGAGGGACAUGCGCUUUUGGAAUUCAUUAAAAUGACAAUGCAACAUAUGCAAUA